AUGAAAGUGAAAUCUGAAAUGACGAAUAUCUAUCCAAGGGCAGAGAGAGUGGAACUGGAGCCGAUCAUAGGCAGUUCCAGGAGUGUUGCACGGGCACCAGUGCGGGUGGCCCAUGAAUCGACCAGUCCGCCUUCUGAGACGGGUGAUGCCAUCUUCAUAGGCGCAGUACCAGAGUGGUUCAAGAGGGACUCACUGAGUGAGCACGAAAGAGGGGUUGAUAUCACAGUAAGAAACAGAAUAGUUGAUUUCUACCAGAAUAAGAGGAGGAAUAUUGGAGUUGGAGAAGUAUACGGUCUAUUUGCUGUAGAAUACGAAAUUGGGUUAUUUGACAGUAUUCUGGGUGUAUUCAAUGUGUGUGAGGAACUAAGGCUGAUUAAUACGACAUAUUCAGGCAUAACUGAACAGCUCUUCACUAUUGAAACUAAUGGUAGUAGUAACAACAGUAGUAAUGGUAACAGUAGUAACAACAAUAACAACUACAGUAACAACCAUAACAACAACAGUAAUAUUAUUAACACCACUGAAUACACUUAUCUGACUGAGAAGUACACUGACCCUACUUCAUUUAUUGGUGCUAAAUGUGGUGAAUGCAAUAAACAGGCUGAAUACUUCACAAGUGGAUUUGAAUUCAGCUGUGAAGAAUGCAGGGGCGAGGAUGCGAGGCACCACCGAAUCACUGGUGAGCUGGCUGCUGCCCUCUGGGACAAGAAGGAGGAGUACUGGCUGCUUAGGGGAAUUGAGGAGCACAGGGACAGCUGGGAGAGCGUGGCUGAGAUGGUGAAUGAGAGGAGUGGAAGUGGAAGAAGGAAGAGCAAGGAGAUGUGCAUCUUCCACUUCAUCAACCAGGGCAUUCUGGAGCGAAUUGAGGAGUACGAGACACUUCCAUUCAGCAAGUUCGAGAACCAGACGACUGCCCUGGUUGCCUUCUUCAGCAUGUUGGAUGGGGCAAUCAGUGCAGCAGUUGCUGGUGAGUUUCUACGGGUGAUGCAGAAGAAGGAGAGGGAGGCAGAGUGUGCUGAGCACCUGAUUGCGGUGGCAGUGGAAGAGGCAAAGAGGAGGGUGGAGCUGAAGAGGAGGAAGAUAGGCAGGUUGCAGGAGGUGAAGUUGGAUGCGUGGAUAAAGAAGAUCGAGUUGAAGAUGGAUGCGAUUGAGGAGAUGUACGGGGAGGUAGAGGCAGUUCGAGGUGAAUUGGUUGAGAAACGUAGCAACCUGAUGGAUGAGAUAGCAAGGUUGAACUGA